AUGAGUGACGAAACCAACGAGGAACGACAGGACAACGAAUUCGAAGCUUUACAGGCUAUUUACGGUGAUGCGGUUGUGGACAACCGUGAAGCAGUAGCUUGGAAGAUAUGGAGACCUAUAGAUCUGAUGCUUACAUUGAAUCCCUUACACAAUUCAGACAUCAAAGGCAUACACUGCUCGGUUACGUUACACUUGAAAUGUUGUCCGAAAUACCCUGAUAAGCCGCUUAGCAUAGCCAUACACAAGAUGAGAGGCCUGUCCACCGAGAAAGGUACGCAGUUGUUGUCUGAAUUAGAAACUCUAGCGACGGAACUGACCGGGGAAGUCUGUAUAUUUCAACUAGCUCAACAUACGCAGCAAUUUCUUCACGACCACAACAAGCCGACGCUCUCGUUCUACGAUGAAAUGCUACAACAAAAGACAGAACAGGAACAAUUGAAACUACAUGAUCUGAAAGUUAAGGAAAAUGAAGAGCGCCAAAAAAUGAAAGUUGAGAUCCAGAAGAGGCAAGAGAUAUUGCGUUGUGCGGGUCGGCAGCGUGUUCAUAGAUCUAGCAUUAGCCAGGAUAAUGACAGCAUAGACGGACAGGGAGACGCUCCUGAACUUGUAUAUUACGCCGACGACAAGAUGUCUCCAGUUAAGAAACCAGUUCGAACUAAGACAGUAGAUAUACCGUGCACCUGCAAGAACAGAGGCGUACAAGUCAUUAGAAUUACUCAAAGGAAUAAUAGGAAAGUUUAUAUCGGAAACUGUUUAGGCCACUCCUCAAACGGCGCAACAACAUACUUAGCAAUAGACGAUGAAGGGGAGCGAUUAAUAGCAAAAAAGUGGAUCGCGCCGCCCGCCAAUGACUUCCAAGCGCGAACCCGACAACUAACCUCCAUACAACAAGAUCUGAAAGCCAUGUCCCGACUGAACCACCCUUCUAUAACACCAUAUAUAGCCAUGGAGACAAUAAAAGACGCGAACAAACGGACAGCUAAACAAUAUAUAUACUUAUUCAGAAAAUUCGUCUUAGGCAGUGCUUUGAAAAGUGUUAAAAGUAGACUCAGUGUUUUUAGUGAUUGUUAUGAAGGGUUAAAACUGUUAAGACAUGUCGGUUUGGGGGUCUUAGGGGCUUUAAAGGAGCUGCAUAGUGUUGGGAUCGUGCAUAAAGAUGUGAGGGGUCAAAAUGUGUAUCUGGACGACUUCGGUGGGGUCAAGUUGGUAGGAAUUGGUCUUGAUGUGAGACUCGCUGAGAUGCUGGACAGUGAUUUGUAUAGUGACAGGCACACAGCAGCGCAAGAUAUUUAUGCCACCGGGCUGUUACUACUGUCAAUAGUGUCACAAGAAAAAACCUACAUGGAUAUACCGCCCGACCUGCCUAGUUCUGCUAAGGAUUUUUUUGCCAGAUGUUUAACAGAAGACGAACAAUCUCAAUGGUCAGCAGAACAACUAUUAAACCACGCGUUCAUGGUCGAUGCUCCAUCCAAACUGCCAAGUAAUAAAGAGCAGAAUCAUGAAGGCAGCGGCUCUGAGGACGAUGAAGCUGUAAAGAAGAUCCACCACACUAGUCCUAUGACGAAUGGACAUUCGCGUCUUCACGCUGAGUUUGAAGUUCUUACGUGGCUAGGCAGCGGUGCGUUCGGUGACGUACUAAAGGUUAAAAACAAACUAGAUGGCGGUUUCUACGCGAUCAAACGCAUUAAACUUAACCCUGAGAGCGUCCAGUUAAACAGGAAGAUAACAAGAGAAGUUAAGUUAUUAUCUAGACUCAACCAUGAGAACGUCGUAAGAUAUUUUAACGCGUGGAUCGAGACCAGUAUUGAAGUAGAAGAAGAUGAUAUAAGUGAAGAGAUAGAGAUAGAAGAUGUUAAAAAGCGAGUUGAUAGUUUGCAAGGUCUUACCCUAAGUCGGAGUUUAGGCGUUGUAGCAAAACUAGGCCAAGAUGUGAAGGUGGAAUGGUCAAUGUCAGAGAUUCCUGUACAGAACACGAACACAUCAUCAGACAGCGAGGAUGAAGAUGAUGAUGACGAUGAUGAUGAACGGGAUCCCUGGUUCAAUAUAAUGAGGCCAGAUGACGAUUCAAGUAGCGGGGUGGAAUUUGAGGAAGAAUCAAAUCCGUCGCAGACUAUAGAAUCUGAAGGCGCGGUGGACGCGCCGCGGCCCCCAUCGGAACGCGUGAAACAAGUGCUGUAUAUACAAAUGGAGUUCUGUGAGAAACAUACUCUACGGCAGGCCAUCGAUAGUGGACUAUAUCAGGAGCAUUUUCGAGCGUGGAGGUUGUUUAGGGAGAUAGUGGAAGGUCUAGCCCAUGUCCACCAAAGAGGUAUGAUCCACAGAGAUCUGAAGCCGGUCAACAUAUUCCUGGACUCCAACGACCAUGUCAAGAUUGGAGACUUCGGUCUAGCUACCAAAGCAUUCUCUGUCUUACCAGUGGAUGAAAAAGCUAAACAAGAAGAAAUUGGCGGUUCGCUUACAGGCCAGAUCGGCACAGCUCUAUACGUGGCUCCAGAGCUCCUCCAAUCCAGUUCCAAAGUUAUAUACAACCAGAAAGUGGACAUAUAUUCUCUGGGCAUCAUCCUCUUUGAGAUGUUUCAUCCACCGCUAGACACUGGGAUGGAGAGGAUGUUGGUCCUAACGAAUUUGAGGAGCAAAGACAUUAUAAUGCCCAAAGGUUUUGAGAAAGAAGAGAAUGCUCGACAGAUUCAUGUUAUAAGGUGGCUGCUAAACCACGAACCGAGCUUACGUCCUACUUGCGCAGAAUUACUGGGCAGUUCCCACGUGCCCCGCGCGGUGCCUGAAGGCGCGCUAGCGGGGUUGCUAUCCCACGCACUAAGCGAUCGAAUGGCGCGAGGCUAUACCAGGCUUGUUGCCGCCUGUCUAGACCAGAGACCGUCGGCCGCUGAAGACUAUACGUACCAUAAUGAUAUGAAGACUAAGCCACAGGAGUUGUUGCAGCAGAUCAAGGAUGCUGUUAUUAAGGUAUGCUGA